AUGUCCUAUGAAGAAGUUGUAUCUUAUUAUGGUGACAAAUUGGUUUUAGUUGCUUCUCUUGAGGAAAGAUGGCAGGCUUUAGCAUCACAUUUACCUAUAAGUUAUUUGAACCAAUUGACUCCAACUCACUACUGCAUAUUAGAACUUGUAGGAAAAGGGAGAGAAAAUGUAGGCAACUCACUUGUACGGCGUUGCUUCACGCAUCCGACAAGCGCCGUCGCGGAGACGACCGACGACGUUUCACUCUACGGACGGUCGCUUCGUUUGUCGUGUCGGGGUCGUGUCGGUGUCGCACCGGCGUCGUCGGUCACAUCCGCGUACACUAAUCACUAUCGGUUCAUAACAAUG